AUGAUGCUUUGGGCUGCCCUUCUGCUGUCAAGCCUGGCAGAUCUCUGGGCAGCUGCUUUCCGAACUGAUGUAGCAAAUCCGGAUACUUCAGCGCAAGGUGCCCGUGCAGGAGGCCAUGCUUGCCCGGAGGCAGAGGGAUUCUCAACUUCUCGUCAUCGGUUUCAGCUUGAUGCGAAGGACUUGCACAACUUCACCCUCUGGCAAGACUGGAUUCUGAAGGCAUCUGAAAAGUGCGAGGGUCCCGACUUGGGCACUGCAUCCUUGCUCCCGGUGGUCAAUGCCACGUCUCCAGAGGCUUCCAAGGUUUCCGUGGUCAUCAGCGAGAAAGCAGAAGUGAGAGCUGCUGCCGGAGAAAAUUCGCGCCUCUUCGUCUGCAGCCGAGCCGGAGAAUGCGCCGCAUCGCUGGGUUUCCGUGCAAAAGAAGAAGCCAGGGUCAGUGAUCUUCUCUGCCUAGUCGUGAAUCCGGACAUCUGGAAAGGCAUCCGCAACCUGCCUCAUUCGAUGCGGCUCCUUCUCGAUGCCUUGCUUCUUCUUGCCCUGGCCUGUGUGGUGGGCAUGGUCGUCUGGUUCGCACUACUCCUCCGCGACAGUCUCGCUGGCGGCUGGGAACUGACCUCUGAGGAGCAGGUCAGCGACCCGAACCUUCGCCUGCCAAGCUCCAUGGACAUUUUGCUGCAGGGCGCCAUCGACGUGCUCUUCUUCGUUUUGGGCUGCGCUCUCUUUGUGGUCGAAGGAGAGCGGUUCUUUCGCCGUCAGAACCACGAGGGCCAAGACCCAGAUCUGUCUGGCUUCGUCUUUGUGCUGGUCUUUCCCUUGCUGUUUGGAAGCGUGGCAGUCAUGCGGAUUUUCUUGGCCACAGCUCGAUGUCAAUUGUAUUAUGCCGCGCUUCGAGAUGGAAUUCUGCUGAAGUUUAAGCAUAAGCCGUCCUACUUCGAACCAGCGCUACUGUGGGUUUGGCUGGGAGUUGCGAUCUGCAUCGGCAAAGCCUUUCAGAUCUUGCUCAUGGGCUCGCUCCACUUUGGUCAGGGGCUGAAAGCCCUGCUGGUGAUGAUGUCUCCUUUGUAUUACAUGACAUCCUCGAUCCUGGACAUCCUCCACACCGAGUCCGCGGUGUGCAAUCAACACUGUACAGUUGCAUUGCAGGUCGUCUCAGAUGCUGAACCGAUACAGAUCGGAGCAAACAUGGUGUGCAUGUCGGACGGUGCAUUUUGCUCUUUCGCCCGCCAACGUGCAGAGAUUCCCCGUCAAGGCAACAUUGAUGAAGGCGACGACUCGGCAUCGGAUGGCUUCAGGGUUCUUGAUCUGGCCUGGCUUGGUCGCCUACUGGGACGGCGCGUGACAGGUGCCAAAAAGCUGCUUUUGCUGCUCUUCGACCCUCUGCAGGCUCUGACAUUUCUGUGCCUGGCCGUGCUGACGUGCUAUCUGGGUUUGCGGAUCUUGCUUCAUCAACCCAUGCUCGCAGAUUUGCGGGUCAUCGGAGGAUCGCUGUCGAGCCCCUUCGCAAGGCAUGUGAACGACUACAACAUCCUAGUUGACCGUAUGCAAUCGAUGAUAUCCGUCACCGCACAGGCAAACCCGAAAGAUGUCACGGAGCUGGCAAUGCACGACUCCUCCGAGCCCGGUGUGCAGUCGCAAUGGACCUGGGGAAGCAGCAUCGCCAAAGCUGUCACUAUGGACAAGGAACACUAUCCCUACAACAUCAAGAUCGAUGCUUGGGAUACAACUGCACACAACUCCUACUCGGUGCAAAUCCUCAAAUCAGGCUUCCUUCCUGAAUCUGUGACUAUUAGCGGUCGGACUGAUGACGGCAGAGUCUUCCACCGGUGCAUUCCUUGGGGAUAUCUGUGGUCACGCCCCUGGAUCAAUGUACCGAUGGAGAUCGAGACCGUCGACAUGAACAUAUCGAUGGCCCAUUACGUCAUGGGCAUUCCGGAGAAUCAACGCACUGGUCGCUUCACCACGCAUUUCAUGCCCAACAUGACGAAACAGGAGUGUGAGAAGCAGCAACUGGACGAACCGUUCUCUGCUGUCGCGCAUCAUACGUUUGCCGGCUGCUAUGCAGUUUACCAACCUCUUUGGAGCAGCUGUGGGAAAGCUGGCCAGGACGAGGCAAGGCACUUCCUGCACCUUCGCUCUGCCAAGCUCAUCGCCGAGCUGUGCUCCGAGAAAGAGCAGGUCUGUCACUCCGUUCGACGGAGCAGCCCAGUGUUGAGCUUCUUCAACCUCUCGACUGGCGAUUCGUUGGAUGCAGCGGGCUAUGAAGUGAAAUUGUCGGUCAACGUGGGUCGCACCACCUUGCCAAUCGUGGACGCGACAAACUUCUACCGGGUCACGGACAUGCGUUUCCUUCCUGGUGGUGCAUAUGCGUUCACAAUGCUGACCUUCCACCUGAUGUCGGACAAUGUGUUAUCAACUCCCUUGCUGUAUGGACACGAAAAGGAGCGAUGGACUGCAACGAUUUUCGAUAACCCGGCUUUCAAAACCCAAAAGACGAUGCAGCUGACAGUUGUCUCUGCUGAAACGGACUGUGCUGUCGAGUCCAUCCAGGUGAGAUCAAGGGUGGACGGCCGCGUGCCCUUGAAGGCCCUCGAGUUUGACACGAGGGUUUGCGAUAGACCAGGAGCGAUUUGGGCGCAGGGAUGUUCCAACAACAGCGGCUUUCUCCCUGCCAAGACAUUCGAAGUUGACUUGGACUAUUGGCGCAACUUGAUCCUCAUGCAGGGCAUCUACUCAAAGCCGCGCUUUAUCCACUUAGAAGGCAUAAAGCGCUGUGAUUCGUUCAAGGGCUUCACGACAUAUGAGGAGGAAGUCUAUCUGGACUUUCAGCACGUGACAGAGGGAGACCUGGACGCCGUCGUCCAUGUUGCUGAUGGCUCAGUCAGAACCACCGACGUGCACUGCCACAACACAAAGCAGCACGUCCAGCACUGCUCUGUACAGGCUGUGGGACCCGGUUUCGGCGACACUGGGGACCCCGUGUCACGUGUGAACCUGACGAUGAUUUUCAAUCAGCCCAACUGUUCGGUCGAGUGGAAGAAGUCUUGGGAUCCAGUUCUCCAGCACACCCUGAGCUCCACAUUUCCAGUCAUCCCUCUUGAUCACAGCGCUUGCAAUCAGCCGCGCCUGGCCGGAGUUCAGGAAUGCCACGGCUUUCGGCAGACUGCAACCACUACGCUGGAUUUGGCCAAGGGGUCCUACCACGUUUUAUCUGGAUCAGUCACCAUCACAAACGUGCAGGGCUACUUGAAAUGCAAUACCUUCAUCGACGCCGUGAUUGAGGCUUUGGUUGAUUCCCGUCUACAGCAGCAUAAGAUGUUGCAGGUCAGCAUCACGACUUCCAAUGAAAAGUCUGCCCGCUUUCAGAAGGAGAUCGCGAUUAAUGCGGGGCUGGUGUUUGCACGGGUCACGAAUGACCUUGGAGAUGGCCUAGCCGGUGCCUCUGUCAAGCCCGGCACUUGCACCUGUGAAGACGUUACGCACGUUACGCACUUUGAGGCUUUGAGGUCAGCAAGAAUGCAGCCGGUGGUUCUUGGAGACGUCAGCUGGCACAUUUUCACGGUCUCACCCGUCGGGGGCAACAAGAAGAAGCUGGCCGGCUGCUUUAACAUCUUCGCUGGUGUAAGUGGUUUCCACCUAGGAAAGCCCUCCCUGGAAAGUGAGGAGAGAUCCUCGCCUUCCACCAGCAGACAAGCACAGGUUAUCUGCACACUCCGGGAAGGACCUGUCGACGAAUGCGAGGACUGGAAUGACACUGGUGAAGGGAAGGCGCCGAGCGGUAACUGCCCUAUCACCUUGACUUAUCGUGGUCAAAAGACGACGCUGCGGCCAUGGGACCCUUCGCGAUGUCCCCUAGCAGCGGCCAUCCACAACCAGCUCAUCCAUUUUCCUAUUCGGCCUAAGAGCAAUGUUUUUGCCAUCCACUGCUCCCUCCAGAGCUUGAGCCACAUUUCGGACACUUUGGGUCCCCUCGGACGCGUUAUCGGCGUGUGCAGCCGAGACCCACAGAAGCAGCCAAAGCCGGAAACGGUUCAUCGCUUUUUGAAAAGGCACCCAAACACAACGCUGAUUUUCGAAGAUGUUGAAGAAGCGACAUUGGAACGUUACGAACGACUUCUCAGUCUUCCUGAUGACAGUAGGUAUGCCUUCCUCAUGGCGCUGCAUCCGCGGUUGGGGGAGAACAGCCCUGCGAGGCUCUUGAAAGAGGAUGCCCCGAAGCUCUGCAAGCGCAUCUUCGACUUCCUAGUGUGCACUACUCCUGCGCACAUCAAAAGUCUCGUUCUGUGGCCUUGGACUGGAGACGCCAAGGACAAGGAUUGGGGCGAGGAUGCGGAUCAGUUUGACAAGGUGCCGCGGCAUGUGCAGGAGAUUGUGAUGAAUCAUACCAACAUCCUCCAGCGGUGGAGGAGGCCUCGCAGGAGCGGUGAGAAGAAGCACUCCGAGGGCGAGAAUUCCGACAGCCACGAGAGGAUUUGGGUGUUUUUGGACAUUCGCACGGACACCAGCUCUGGCGGCAACUUAGACAUGAAGUUGGUGAACGAACUGGCGAAGCUUGGCUUGCUGGCCAAGGAACAGCUGGCUUUAACGCCUUGGUUCCCGAAUCACGCGCUGCUGCUUUUGCAGUAUGCCCUUCACAGGGAUGAGAGGCAAGCCAUCUCCCGGGAAAGCUACAAAGUGCCAGGAUCUGCCGAAGGGAAGGAGCGCCGCCUUGUCAAGGAGGGGCGGAGCAAGGAGAAGAGCCAUCGGCCUCCCUCGGCACUCUCCAUGCCGGUCCCCAGCUUCGGCACGACGAAAAAUACGCUCGGGCCGGUGGGGGCGCCGUCCAAGCCUCCCUCGACCUCCAGCUCUGGUGCAGGGGUCCCACGGGCCGCAGCUUCAAGCGGAGGAUGCGGCUUCAGCGAUCUCAGCCCCGCAUACUUGCAUGACCCUGCAAGCGGUUUGCAGCAGAGUCAGCUGCUCGGCAAAGGAGGAUACGCCGGACUCAGUGGUCACAGCCAGUGGUCAGCACUGGACGGAGCCCCGCCUGGGCUCGGCCCAUCCUUGCUUCAGGGUGGUGGCGGAGGGGUGCAGAACUGGCUGGGGGCAGAGGAGCAGUCGCAGCAGGAACUGCUGUCCUACUUGCAGGUCCGCCAGCAAGCUGCUCAGGGACUUCAGUUUGGGGCAUCUCAGCAAGCUGCAGCACAGUUGCAGUGGCAGCAGCAGGUUGCUAUGCUCCAGGGAGGCCUCGGGGGCCCAUGCGGGCCUGGGGGCCUCGGCAAGGGCGCCCCGGGCAGCGGCUUGAUGGGCGGGAAGGGAGGCGGCUCCAUGUCCAACUGGCCCCCCCCACCGGGCCAUCUCGGUGCGGGUCCGAUGAAUGGGCUGCCAUCGCAACUGUCCAACUUUGGCAACCUUCGAGAGGAUCAGCUGAACCGAGCAAUGAAUCUGUAG